AUGUCUCAACAACUGGAGGAUGUGCUAGAGGAGCUGGGCAUCGCCCAGUAUCUCGAUGCCUUCCUAGACCAAGGCUUUGACACGUGGGAGACCAUUCUGGAUGUCACUGAAUCGGAUCUAGAUGCCCUGGGCGUCAAGCUUGGCCAUCGGAGGAAACUCCAGAGAAAAAUCGCGAAUUUCCGCGGCAUCGCACCGGAUGCGGCUCUCGUGUCUCCUGUCCGAGCAGCCGGCGAAGAGGCAAUUAGGCCAGAGAACAUACAGAAGCAUGACUCAUCCAAUUACACCGUCGACGGACGUGGCACGGUGCCUGGAGUCUUGGCAAAGCGGAAAUAUCGCAGACACCCCAAGCCCGAUGAGUGUGCGCCCGAGAGGCCACCAUCGGCGUAUGUGUUGUUUUCAAACAAGAUGCGAGAGAAGCUCAAGGGACAGAACCUGUCCUUUACCGAGAUCGCAAAGCUGGUUGGCGAAAAUUGGCAGACGCUGACGCCGGCAGAGCGAAAGCCUUACGAGACGGAGGCUCAAGCUGCAAAGGACAAGUACAACCACGCCAUGGUUGUGUACAAGAAGACGCCCGAGUACCAGAGAUACAUACUGUAUCUGCAGGAGUUUAAAGCCAGGCAUUCUAACCAGACGCAAGAUGCGUUCAAAAGGAUCAAACUGUCUGACUUUAGCAGCGCAUCGUCGCAGCUGUCAUCCUCUGCCGCCUCAGCAUCGCCACCGGCACACUCGCAGCAGUCUCGACAGCGGGAAAGGAGUGCCACGACGAGCGAAUCCGUGAGCAGCUCGGACGGACAGCACGACAGAGACACUCCCCAUCCUCCAUCGCGACGGGAGCGCCGAGUUGGAUCUACCGUGUCUGCCUCGGAUAUGCGUUACUCAUCAGCCUCUCCGACACCAGGUCCACAUGACUCGCUAGUAGACGUCUCCAUGCGUUCACCACACCAGGGACAUGGGCCAGACGGGCAUGCGGACUGGUCGCCGAGACCGAUGAGUAUGAGUCCGCGUGAGUCUGCAGCUGGUCCGCCGCCUAGCCGAAAGGCAACCUGGGCAUCGGACGGCCAGCAGCAGCAGCAGCAGCGAGCGCAGCCGGUGUCUGUGGGAGAGGCACCGGCCAAUACCAGUCAGCUCAGUCUGCCGUCGCUCUCAGACAUGUUCGACAACAGACAACUGCCGGCAAGCGGUCUCACGCCGUCGUCGGCUGGUUCGGCCAGUCCGAUUCCACCGCCUCCAGGCCUCACCGGUGUUGUUGGGAUGGCGGCAGAAACGCGGCCGUCGAUGCUCCGGCUUGACCAGGGGUCUUCGGGUGCCAGCAUCAGCACGGUGUCGUCAUCGUCAGUGAGCAGCAAUUACCCGAGAACGCCACUGGACGGAUCUCUGCCAAUCCAUGCUCUGCUGUCGGGCAAACCGCCAUCGCCUUCUCCGCCACCGCCGUCGCAUUCGCACCAGCACCGCCAUCCAUCCCUCUCUCUUCCGCAUUCGGCACGACUGGUGUCUUCGUCGCCGCAGGUGCAGACGGCGGGGCCUGCAUCACCCACGCACACCUAUUCUCCGCCCCCGCGGCCCUACGCAUCAGUGACGGAUGGCCACGCGCCAUCGUACAAGGACCAUGUGGCUCUGGGCAUCGCACACGUCAACGGGGGCGAUGAUGCACGGGUGACGGCGGUGGGCUCUGCAGAACCGACGGCUGUGUCUGCAGUCUUGCCGCCGUAUGCAAAGCAGACCAGUCUCGAUGGCAUGAUUGCGCUUCUGGAAGCCGGACAGAUUGUAGACCGACGUAUCUGA